CCACAAUUCCACACAUGCUGUUCACUUCCUGUUUGUCAGCACAGGUUGAGUUGUUUAUCAUGGCUGCAGCGGCUUCGGGAGAGACAGGGGAACUUCAGAAAGAAUUGACUUGUGCAAUUUGCCUUGACUUUUUUGACGAUCCUGUUAUUUUACAAUGCGGACACAACUUCUGUAGAGAUUGCAUUCUCAUUCACUGGCAGGAGAAUGGCAGCAAUGGCCAGGGUUACAAGUGCCCUGAGUGCAGACGGUCCUUUCCCAGCAUGAGUUUCACCAAGAAUUAUUUGGUUCGGAACUUGGUGGACAAGCUAGAUGACCUGGAAUACUUUAAACCCAAACAAACCAAAGCAGCCGUACCCCAGCCCAAGGAGGAAGGACGAUGUGAAAAACACCGUGAAGAGCUUAAGCUUUUCUGCAAGACAGACAACAAGCUCAUUUGUGUGAUAUGCCGGGAAUCCAGAGCUCACAAGCAUCAUGAAGUUGCUCCUCUGCCUGAGGUUAUUGAAGACUUAAAGGACGAUCUUCGAUGUAGACUCACUAACCUGAAUGAUGAUAAAAUCUGUUGUACGAAAGUGAAGAACGAAGAUGUGGAAACUCGUUUAAAUAUUCAGAUGAAGAAAUUGCAGCUGAAGGAAAGUAUUGAGGCCAGUGUUGGACAGCUUAUUCAGUUCCUGCUGGAUGAAAAAGAUGAACUAUUGGAAAAGCUAGAUAGUGAGGAACAAACAGCGCUCUCCAUAGUAGAAAACAACAUCCAGAGGCUGGAAAAUCUGAUAACUGAGAUGGAAAAAGAGAUCACAGAAAUCCAGGGCAAUCUCAGUCAGCCGUCCUUUGAGGUUAUGCAGAAGAUUGUUUCCAGACCCCUUCAGGACCUGAGUCAUCUGCACCCAUCUACGAGUGAACCAAACUGGGAAGACUUUUCAGGGCCUGUGCAAAUCAUGCUAUGGAAGAGAAUGUUGAGUGUUUUAAGACCAGCUCCUGAAAAUCUUGUUCUUGAUCAAGAUACUGCUCAUCCUAACCUCAUUAUUUCAGAGUAUAACACCACCAUGGAAGAAUCAAGGGGCCGUGUGCUUGAGCCUGAUUUGCCACAGAAAUUUACCCGCUUUCUGGGUGUACUGGCCACCACGGAAUACACAUCCGGCAAACAUUACUGGGAAGUAGAUGUGAAGGGUAAAGGGGUCUGGUAUCUAGGUUUGACGGAUAUUGACAGCAACCGUAAAGGUUAUGUCAAUCUCAGUCCUUAUGAUGGAUACUGGAGCAUCUGUCUUCAGGAUGAGAUGUAUGCCAAUGAUGAACAAAGAGUGUUCAUAAAGCAAGACUGGUCUAUCUCCAGAGUUGGAAUGUUCCUUGACUACGAUGCAGGGCUGUUGUCUUUUUAUGAUGCUAUUCUCAUGAAACAUCUUUACACCUUUAGACAAUACUUUGAUGGCCCUGUGUGUCCGUUUUUCAGCCCUGGCAAAAAUGAUAUUGGUAGUCGUAUGAAAAUUUGUCAUUACCAUUAGAUGAAAUAAGACAGAACUGACUGCAAGAUUAAUUAUAAUCAAAGUCAUUCCACAUACCACUCGUGUGUUCGAUGGUAGAUAUUGUGUUACUUUCCCCAAGUGGGGGAAAAAAACAGACUUUUCCUCCUAAUGCCUUGUGACAGGUAGCUGAGUGGGUAUGUUAGGACAGGCGUAAUGUGGUGUAAAUCAAGAGACUCCAGUCCGUUAUGCCGUUAAGCGCCUUGGUUUUAUUUUGCCACACAAAGAAAACCAACAAUAAUGACGCCCGGAUACACAGCAAUGUGUAACCUGCUAAACUAAUAAUUAUAAUAACGCCGGGAUACACAGCGAUGUGUAACCCGACUAAACAAAGGGAAAAAGGGGUUGCAGUCCCAAAAAUAAACAAACAACAAAAACCAAUCCGUCUUCCUCUUGUGAUCCAAAACACAGGGGGGGGGGGG